UAUAUAUAGAGAGAGAGAGAGAGAGCGCGCGCAACACAGCGUCAUUUCUUGACGUAUUUUCUUUUCUUUUUAAGCCGAAAGAGGGAUAGGCCCAGUGUUCCAUGACGGCUGUCUUCUAAAGUUGCCACUCUUUUCGGCUCCUGGGGGAGAAGCUGAAGCGCACCUUUUCUCAUAGCUCCAUGUCUGGGAAAGCUGCAUCACUUACAUUUCUACAUAUCUAGGGCUGCAGAACUGAAGGGAAAGCUGCUCUAGAGUGGCCAGAACAAAGAGAAGCACCACACAGGAUUUUUUUUGGGGGGGGGGGUUGUAUUGUAUUGAAUGGGUUGAAAGUCACAUUGGAGAUCAUUUUAUCAAGAGAGGAGAUAAAUCUUUAGACUAAGUAAAACAAUAUUUAAGGUGUAAUAGUGCAACCAAAGCAGCACAGCACAACGACUGGCCAUACAUGGAAUUUGUAGGGCAGAAUCCAUCCCCUUGACUGUUCGUUUAACCACUCCUGAUUGUGGGUACAAAAGGGAAGUAAUUUUUUUUUUAAAUAAAAGACACUAAAUAUUCCACACAAAAACCCUUCAAUAUGUACCCCAAACUGCUAUAAUUACAUACUCUGAUUACAAGAUGAUACUCCUUCUGUGAAGUCAAACCAUGGGAAAAGAUUCUGGCUUGGGUGGUAUGCUUCUCUGGGCUCUUUGAAGGAAGGAUGGAUGGGAUAUAAAUGUAAUGAAUGAAGAAUGUUCUCAGCUUCAGUUUGUAAAGCAAUUUGAACAUCUUGGCAUUAAUAUUUCUUCCAUCUCUGUGAGUUUGAUAUGCUGAAUGCUAUAUUCCUAUCCCAUAGGAGGCACGUGUUGCUGCUGGCUCCAUUAAAAUGUCUGUAUGUGAGGAUAUGCUUCUUUGCAAUUACCGCAAGUGCCGAGUCAAACUUUCAGGCUACGCAUGGGUCACAGCCUGCUCACAUAUCUUUUGCGACCAACACGGCAGUGGCGAGUUCAGCCGUUCACCAGCAGUUUGUCCUGCUUGCAGUAGUGCCCUCUCUGGCAAAUUAGACAUUGUUCGGACAGAGCUCAGUCCUUCUGAGGAAUAUAAGGCCAUGGUCCUGGCUGGAUUGCGGCCAGAAAUUAUUCUGGAUAUCAGCUCCAGGGCUUUAGCCUUUUGGACAUAUCAGGUUCACCAAGAACACCUUUACCAAGAAUAUACCUAUAGCAAGGCAGAGGGCCAUCUGAAGCAGAUGGAGAAAGUCUAUACGCAGCAGCUCCAGAGCAAAGAUAUGGAAAUGACUUCAAUGAAGAGUGAGGUCUCCUCUCUGAAGAAAGUACUGGAGGAAUACAAAAAGAAAUUCACUGAACUCUCAGAGAAACUCAUGGAGCGCAACCGCCAGUACCAAAAACUGCAGGGCCUCUAUGACAGCCUACGCUUGCGUAACAUUGCUGUGGCCAGCCAGGAGGCAGCCCAGGAACCUCCUAUGAUACCUCAACCUGCUGUCUUUGGUUUCCCUUUGGGUAAUGCUGCCAGGUUUUCUGGGGAUGUAACACCUAUCCAGAGUCGGCAUGGUGCAGGGGACUUCAAUUUCAGACCCUUCUUUGCCACCUCUCCCCCAAUGGGCGAGUCUGGCAACAGCUUUUUUUCCUUUGCUUCUCCUGGCAAUGAUCUGGAACAACACCCAGGAGGCAACAGGGCCUACAAAAUUAAGAGAAUGUAAACUGGAACUUGUGGUGGCACUUUACUGUGGAUGUUUGAAAAAUCCAGUUUACGCAUAAAACCUUGGGGCAGUGGGCAGAAGUGCUGCUUGAGACCUGGGGUUUUCAAAAGAACCCACAGAACAGAUCUUGGUGAAAUCCAGGGAGCAUCAUAUUGCUCAAACAUUUCCCCCCAAAUCCCAGCCAUAGCAAACUUCAAAGCAAGGAAGUCUUCACCGAGGACCAGAAGACUCACCAUUCCACCUACAGUCAAUUCCUUUUCAAAUAUUUCUCCCUCCCUCCCUCCCCAAAGUGUUCUGGUUGUCGGUAGCAGUUACUGUUGGUCUCCCUUUAAGAUUGUUGCAUAACUUGAAUCUUCUGGAUUCAAGUUAUGCAACCCAAUAACCCUUCCCUAUGCAGACACAUAAUAUCACUGACAUCCUAAAAGAUGGUGAACAUCAGUGAAAUGUGUUAUGGAUUACAUUGUUCCACACUGUCAUUUUACCGGUUGUUGUACUGUCACUGGAAUACAUAACUUGUAUUGUAACUAUAAUAUAAUGCUUCCUCUCCCGCUUAUCAUUUUAAACCGUCAAACUUGUGCUGUAGUGAUAUGUUUUCUUACAAUUAUGUUUAUAAACAUAUUUUCAAGAUUG